AUGGCGCGCGGACCAAAGAAGCACAUGAAGCGGCUUGCCGCUCCUUCCCACUGGAUGUUGAAUAAAAUAACGGGGCACUAUGCGCCACGACCUUCACCAGGUCCUCAUAAGCUGAGGGAGUGUCUACCUCUGGCUGUGUUGCUGCGCAAUCGAUUGAAGUAUGCACUGACAUACCAUGAGACGAAGUUGAUAGUGAUGCAGAGGUUGGUAAAAGUAGAUGGGAAAGUGCGGACAGAUCAGUGUUAUCCAGCAGGGUUUAUGGAUGUUGUUUCAUUAGAGAAGACGAAGCAGCACUUUCGUUUGCUGCUCGAUACUAAGGGGCGCUUCGUUCCCAGACCGAUAUCUUCAGAAGAAGCCUCUUAUAAACUUUGCAAAGUAAAGAAAGUCAUCAUCGGGCCUAAAGCUGUACCUGUACUCGUUACCCAUGACGCCAGAACUAUUCGCUUUCCCCACCCUAAUAUCAAAGUUCAUGAUACUAUUCGCGUCAAUAUCGCCGAUUCAAAGAUUUUGGAUACGUACAAGUUUGAAGUAGGGAACUUGGCGAUGAUAACUGGAGGGCAUAACGUAGGGCGUGUGGGUACCAUAGUAAACAGAGACAGACAUUUAGGAAGCUUCGAUAUCGUUCAUAUCCGCGACGCAAGAGGUAAUGAAUUCGCAACUCGUAUUAAUAACGUAUUUGUUAUCGGAAAGGGAGAUAAACCCAUGGUCUCUCUACCGAAGGACAAAGGCAUUCGUCUUUCUAUAUUCGAAGACAGACAGCUUAAACUCAAGAAGAAUGCUGGGCUUUAA